CGUGAGCGCUCACAUGCUAAUCCUUCUUCCUCCUCAUCCCACAGUCUCCCAGAUCCCACUCCACCCCACCUCUUAAAAAUCCAACAGCUACAGGGAAACACAGCCGCAGCAGCAGCAAGCCUGCGCGUCCUAUCUCCCACUCCUCCAAUCCCCGGCCCGAGCGCGCGCGCACGCGCACGCGUCAGCUCGGCCCAAUGCAGCAGCCGAAACCCGCCGAUCCGCCGGCCCGCCCCUUCCCGCCGCCAUCUCCGGCUAUGGCGGCGGCGGCCACAGCCAUGCGCGGGGCGCACCACCGCCGCGCCAGAUCUGAGGUCGCGUUCCGCCUCCCGGACGACCUCGACCUCGGCAGCGCCGGCGAAGGCGAUGGCUCAGCUGGCUUCGACGAGAUCGGCUCCGAGGAUGACCUUUUCUCCACCUUCAUGGACAUCGAGAAGAUCUCCUCCGGCCCCGCCGCCGCCGCCGCCGCGGGUUCCGACCGCGACCGCGCCGCCGAGACCUCCUCCCCGCCGCGGCCCAAGCACCGCUACAGCAGCUCCGUCGAUGGCUCCGGGCUCUUCUCCGCCGGCAGCAGCGCCGCGCGGAAGGACGCUGCCGCCGCCCAAGCGCUGGCAGAUGUCCUGGAGGCCAAGAAGGCCAUGUCUCCCGAGCAGCUCGCCGAGCUCGCCGCCAUCGACCCCAAGCGCGCCAAAAGAAUCUUAGCAAACAGACAGUCGGCAGCUCGAUCAAAAGAAAGAAAGGCUCGUUAUAUGACAGAACUUGAGCGGAAGGUCCAAACUCUUCAGACUGAAGCCACCACUCUCUCAGCUCAACUCACACUAUUUCAGAGAGAUACUACUGGGCUUUCUGCAGAAAAUGCAGAGCUGAAGAUAAGGUUGCAGGCCAUGGAGCAGCAGGCUCAACUGCGUGAUGCUCUGAAUGACGCACUGAAGCAGGAAGUGGAGAGGCUUAAGAUGGCUACUGGCGAAAUGUCAAAUUCCAAUGACACGUAUAGCAUGGGAUUGCAACAUGUCCUAUACAACUCAUCCUUCUUCCCACAAUCCCAGCAAAACACAUCCCAGCACCAGGGUGGUGCCCGGUUUCCACCCCCAUUCCACCCACCUCAUCCUAAUGUACCAAAUCACCAGAUGCUAUCCCACCCAAACACACUCUCAGAUGUCAUGCAGCAAGACCAUCUUGCACGGCUCCAGGGUCUGGACAUCAGCAAGGGGCAUCCAGUUGUGAAGUCAGAGAGCAGUUCGAUCUCUGCAAGCGAAAGCAGCAGCACCUUCUAACCAGGCCUACCCUGAUCAAUUCUCAGUUUCAUUAGGUUCUUUUGUUCAUAGCCUGACAUCCUUGUGCUGUUUCCAGUUGUGUAAGCUUAAUUUCUCAUUCCAUUCGUUUGAUUCUAGUUGAAAUUGGUUGUAUUCUCAGUUGCUGAUUUUGUAGACAGGAUUCCCGGGCUUGUCAUGCCUGUUUGUUUUUGUUUCAUUUCCUGCGUGUUGUGUUGUUUGGGAUUAUAUUGGGAAAUUGGGAGUAUCUUUCUCCCGGAAUACUCUGUUUGUUAUAUAGACUUGCGAUUGACUUCUUUUUUUCAUCACAACGGUGUGAUGUUUAUCA